AGAGAUUGUGGUGGGUUAGUGACAUUCUUUUUUUCUUUUGCGUUUAUGUAAAGCCUCUCUUCUUGUUCUUGACUGAGUUCUCUUCCCAUAGAUUUCAUCUGUGUUACUUACUAUACACACACAAAUCAUAUCUGUAAUUCUGUAUAAUUGAAUCGAGUGGAAUGGAUCUGAAUGGUGUUUUGUAGGGUUUUAAGCGAAUCCAGUUGCAGAAGAUGAAGCCGAUUCAGCUUCCGGAACCGCCUCAAAGUCCCCGCGCCAUCGGGGGCAUGCCGGAGAUCUUCCAAAGCGGAGUCUACGGCGUGAUCAGACGGGCGGUGAUUAUCGGCAACGGCUUUCCGGCCUCCGAGAAUCAGAGCAUUGGCCUUGUCCGGGCGCUCGGCCUCUACGAGAAGCACACGCUAUACCGAGUUACAAGGCCAAGAGGAGGAAUAAAUGAAUGGCUAAUUUGGCUCCCAGUCUCUCUACAUAAAAGGAUAUAUUAUUUUGUGAACUUAAUAUUUGGUUAUUCACACUUUCUAUUGGGAGUUAGGGGUAAUAAAUUGGGUUCUUUUUCCCAUGAAAACGGAACCGUUGGCCUUUCAUCAAUUCUUGAAGCUGAUGUAAAGAAUAUAGUUAAUCUUGCUCGUGAAUCAUUUGAUAGGGAUGGUCCUUUACUGGUGGUUGCAUCUGGUAGAGAUACAAUAUCAAUUGCAAGCUCCAUUAAGAGAUUGGCAUCGGAAAACGUGUUUGUUAUUCAGAUUCAACACCCAAGGUCCCACUUGGAUAGGUUUGACCUGGUUAUUACUCCAAAACAUGACUAUUUUCCCUUGACAUCUCAAGCAAAAGAGCAAGUCCCUUGUCUCCUUCGUCGGUGGAUAACUCCAAAUGAACCUCCGGAUAAGCAUGUAAUCCUUACAGUUGGAGCCCUUCACCAAGUUGAUUCAGCUGCACUUCGGGCUGCAGCUAAUGCAUGGAACGACAAGUUUGCACCUUUACCAAAACCCUUGCUGGUGGUCAACAUAGGAGGGCCUUCAAGGUACUGCAAAUAUGGUGUAGACCUUGCCAAGCAGUUAACAACGUCUCUGCACAAUAUUCUUGAGAGAUGUGGCAGUGUAAGAAUAAGUUUCUCGAGGCGGACUCCUGAAAAGAUUUACAAAGUUAUAAUCAAGGAAUUGGGCACUCAUCCAAAAGUAUACAUUUGGGAUGGUGAACAGCCAAAUCCGCAUAUGGGGCAUCUGGCAUGGGCUGAUUCUUUUGUCAUAACAGCAGAUUCAGUUAGCAUGUUGAGUGAAGCUUGCAGCACCGGGAAGCCCGUGUAUGUAGUUGGAGCUGAGUACUGUAGGUGGAAGUUUGCAGAAUUCCACAAAACAUUGAGGGAAAAAGGGCUAGUCAAGCCAUUUACCGGUCUUGAGGAUAUGUCAAAGACAUGGAGUUACCCUCCACUAAAUGAUACCGCAGAAGCAGCAAAUCGCGUAAAUGAAGCACUCGCGCAGCGCGGAUGGAUGAUCAAAGCAUAAAGAUAAGAUAUAUAAAUAUAAGAACAUUUGUUGUACACAUUUUUUUUUGUUUUUUUUCAUGCUGUAAUGUCAUGCAAUUGCAUGACACUAAAGAAGGAAGAAAAAAAGGAUGGUAUAUAAGUUUUGGGUUGAAGCCUACUACAUAGUAGAUAUGUUCAUUCUUUUUACCAAUUUGAGUUUUCAAGCAUCCUCCAAGUAUACACACUUGCAUAGUAUGCUGUGUUUUUUACUGUGCUGUAAUUUUGAUUCAGAAUGGUAGUGCUAGCUGCUUAGAUGGGUUUGGUAAUGUUGUUUUAUUGUACCAAUGAAUUGUAGUUUUGAUU